UGGUUGUUUAAGAACCGACGGUGUGGCGUCACUGGGAAGCGCCGAACUCUAGUUUCCAAAGUUUUCUGUCUGGAGCUAUGGAUAGCUGAUGGCCAAAAGUGAGUUUCUGCCUCAUUGACCGCCUAAUUAACAGGGUAACUGCUGGUCUCCACCAACCAUACACCAGGGGUGACGGGAGGCUCAGGUAGCUGCAGAGUAGACUGCCUCAGGAGGCCUAUGAAUCAAGGAGGGAGCACACUUGAGGAUGGAUGACAUCAAUGUGCUACACCACAGAUGCCUCCUGAAUUUGAGGCGUCGAAUCAGAGAUAUUGGGGAUGGGCGGCCAGCACAGGAGCGAUACAUGAGGCUGCAGAAGGACGGAGACACACUCAGUUACCAAGGGAACUCUGAGGAAGUGGGUUGCUAUGUGGCUGGCCAUCCUCUGUCAAAAGGAAACUGCUACUUUGAGGUGACAAUAGUGGACACAGGGGUGAGAGGGACCAUUGCUGUGGGCCUGGUGCCUAAAUUCUACAGGCUGGACCACCAGCCUGGCUGGCUGCCAUACUCUGUAGCUUACCACGCUGACAACGGCAAGUUAUACAACGGUAACCCUGUGGGGCAGCAGUUUGGGCCAAAAUGUGCUCGUGGUGACCGCAUCGGCUGUGGAAUACACUCUGAAAAUAUAGAAGCAGGUUUUACAACUGUCUUUUUCACCAAAAAUGGCAAAGAGGUGGGCUCAGUAGAGGUUCCUGUUUUGGCCGAGGGUCUGUUCCCCGCCGUGGGGAUGCACUCGAUGGGGGAGGAGGUGAAGGUCGACCUGCAGGCUGAGUGGUUCCUGGAGGAGGAUGACAGUAUGAUGAUGGUCGACAGCCAUGAAGAUGACUGGGGACGCCUUUAUGACGUUAGAGUGAGUGGCACGCUCUUGGAGUACGUUGGCAAAGGAAAGAGCAUUAUGGAUGUGGGUUUGGCCCAGGCCCGCCAGCCACUCACCACCCGCUGCCAUUACUAUGAAGUGGAGAUCGUCGAUGCUGGGGAGAAGUGCUACAUUGCCCUGGGCCUGGCGAGAAGGGAUUACCCCAAGAACAGACACCCAGGAUGGAGCCGGGGGUCAGUGGCCUACCAUGCAGAUGACGGGAAGAUCUUUCAUGGCAGUGGGGUUGGAGAUGCUUUUGGUCCUCGCUGCUUCAAAGGUGACAUCAUGGGCUGCGGCAUCAUGUUCCCACGAGACUACAUCCUGGACAGGGAAGGCGACGUGGACGACUGGGAACGGCUGGAGGUCCGCCCGGCUCACGCAGCCGUCCAGAAUGUUCUGUACCUCAACGACGAAGAGGAGGAGGAGGAGGAAGAGGAGGAUGGAGAAGAGGUAGAGCAGGAACAGGAGGGCAGGAAGGUCACGGUGUUUUUCACCAGGAACGGGAAGCUGAUGGGCCGCAGGGAGAUGGCCGUCCCCCCGGAGGCCUCUACCCCACGGUGGGGAUGCUGAGCAGCGGUGAGAAGGUGAAGGUGGACCUGCAUCCUCUGAGCGGAUGACCUGAGGCCGGACUGGAUCCGUGACGCCCUGCGACCAGCUGGCUGCGCUGUAGAGCUCGCCCACGGUAGCCUAGCAUGCUGCUCACACUCGCCAGAACACGCUCACUCCCGGCCGUGCAUGUCGUCUUCCCUCCUCACAGCUUUUUAUUUAUAAGACUCUGUACAUGUCACAUCUGUUUGGUUGUUGAACAGACGGACGCUCCUGAAGGUUACAAAGCUGCUAAAAGGCUCCUGGGAGACGUUUAAACCGUUAAUUCUAUGCAAUCUGCACCGUCGUCCCGUCUAACCUCCUCCUGCAUGCAGCGUGGCUCUGGAGCUCCGAGCUGUGAAUCGCUCUCAUGAGGUCUGGCACACUCGGUUUAUUUCAUUUGUCACAACCCCAAGCAAAGCAGAGCAAAGAGGCCAACAGUUGUGCCGAGUCAGAGCUGGUUUAAGUUUCAGGGAACAGACUCCCCCCUUCCUCCCUCUAGUCUCCCUCCUCGUCCUCUCUCUGGGUGAUGGCGCCCUCCUCUGACCGAUCAGGGUUCUGCCGUCGCUCCGCCUCCAUCGCUGCUCUCCUGGAAGUCAGCAGUGGAUCGAUAUUUCAGAAACGCAUCAGUAAACAACCAAACUGGAGGCGGCUUCACGUCAGAGCUUUCCUAAGAGAGUGUGAACAGAUUUGUGAGGAUGUCAUAGCCGGAUUCCAAACGUCAGGUAUAUUUCUACGAGCAAUCUGUGAAAUGAAACUUAUCUUUCUGCGUCAGGAAGUUCAGGGAACGUGUUUUUGUUUUUGCACUUUGAAAACUCGAGGUAGUUUGGUGAAGAGUCCAGUUUAAAGGAAAACGUGGGUGGACAAAAUAACAGAAAUAUCUUCCAGUAUAACGCAGUCCGAUACAACAGACGUCAGCCAUAACAAAAACCAUCAUCUGAAAGUGAAGUGACACAUCACAGACCUCACAUCUAGAUUGGAUUGCCUUAUACUGAACUAUAAUGUGAUAUUAGUGCACGUUUGAAGGUUUAUUUCUCACCAUUUCUAACCUUAAAGAUUGAAAAAGAGGGUGAAACGCUCAGCUUUAUUUCUCGGUUUUCUAGUCGAACAGUAACUAUCUGUGAUGUAGAAUUAACUGCUGGAUGUUUGAAGACAAUGAAGUUUAGUUUCUGUGUUUUAAGCUGUUUGUGUGCAGCAAACAGCAGCAGUACCUGAAGUCUGGAUCACAAAGUCACAUCAGUUUUUGGGUUUUCCAGCAGUUUCUGGGUUUAACUUGAAUUUUCGAGUCCGAAAUUUGACUAUUGACCGAUCAAAUCGCUGACAUCUGCAUCAGUGGAGUUACAAAUAGGGCUGCCAAAGUAAAAACCACAAUUAUUUAGAUUAAUAGUGAGAUCUUGAUUAUUUGUCACAAUUAGGGAUGAACAUUUUAUGUACAUUUUUCUGUGCUGCAGUAUCGUUGUCGUCUGAUUAUUAAAUAUUGAUAUUUAGCAUUUUUCCCUUUUACCGGCAUCGCUAAUCUUUGAUUAAUUAGAAAUGUGCAGCUUUGGUUGUGCUGCUACAGGAACUGAAUUCAUUAAUUAGCAUCACAGUCCUUAAACGUUGUACUACAGAAUGUCCCUAAAGUCUGGACACACAGGAUGUAUCAACAGAUAGCAGAUGAAUUUAAUGCACGUCAUCCACGGAGGGUUCCACUGGGCUUUUCCACGUUGGCGAAGGUGGUUAAAAGAGUUUAAAGAAACAGGCAGUGUCAUGGACGAACCUCGUUCUGGACGACCAAAUGCAUCAUCCUAAAGGAUUGGUCAUGGCGAAAAGUCAUGCUAGCCCUAUCCCUGACUUUCUAUAUGUCCAUCCCUCACAUCCGCUGAGAAGUACCAGUUCAACUAUUUCUUCUUGUGACAAAGCCAUAUUUAAUCUUUGGAGGCAAGAUUUCCUGCGUGUCCAGACUUUAGGGACACCCCUGUACAUGCGAGGACAGAUUUUAAAAGAACAUCCAAAUUAGUGCAGCACAACCAGAGAUUCUUUUUUUCAAAUUGUAGUAAUUUUUCACAUAUUGUUCUGCAGUCGCUGUGUUUCCAUACCAUGUUUUCAUGUUCAUUUUGAAGCGCUGCAUUAGCAAAAGUUCAUUGAAAUGGCAAAGAAUCAUGUUUUUACACUCACUUGAUGCUGUUUUGUGUUUGUUCCAUUGGAGCUGAUUACAGCUUUUGUGAACAGGCGACGCAAAAGUUUUCACACAAACAUGGACGACAUCAGCUGACAUGUCAAAAUAACUUCACCUUUCCAGGUUUGAGAACAAUUCCUGAAGACUUCUUUUCAUUUCCAUUUUUUUAGUGGUUGGCAAACAACUAGUUCUUGUUUACUUCUUCUACUCUGCUUACAACAGCUAUGUGGAAUAAAUCCUACAGCGCCACCUACUGAUGCUAGUGGAAAACAAGCCUAAUUUACAUUUUACUCGUUUAUUUUUGGCAAAAUUUGAAACGCUUGCUUCAAAUUCAUGUCACAGUUCCAUAAAGACGUGGAUUCUGCCGACAGUUCACUGAUAGAUUUGUUACACGAGUGGAGGCUAAAGUAGAAGUUAGUGCUUUAGAUGUCUGGUCAGAUCACCUUUUCUGACAUUUUAAGCCCAAAUUUUGUUUCAUUUUCACAUUUGCAGUCUUCAGACUAUCUUUUAGUUCAUGAUCUGGACUUCAGUGGACAAUAAAAGUGAAGAACAGAAGCCACGAGGUUGAUAUGUGUGGUUUUAAGUAGGGAUUGAGGCCGAUAUUUGACUUUUUUCAAUUAUUGCUGUUGAAACCUCGGCUAACGCUAUCGUUAACAAGUUUCUUUUUCCUCUUAGCCUGUCUGGAGCUUUGUAACAUCAUCCUGAAGUACGAUUAACUUUAGUAAUCUGCUCUGACAGACACACCUCUGUAGUAGAGCCACAACUUGCAAAAACUGACCAAGAAACACAAACCAGGAAAUUAUCUUCUCUCACAGUUGCUAACAGCUUAGUUAGAAGAAAGCCACAGAUUAACCUCAGCUUUUGUUUCAUUUUCACAUUGGAUGUCUUCAGACUAACUAACUUUUAGGAGUUUAUCAAAUUUCAUGCAAGUCCAGAGCCACAAGUGUUCCAUCAGCUCGUAAACAGACUUUUACGUUUGGUUUCAUUAUUAAACAUCUGGAAUCACUGCUGUCAGCGACCCAGAGAGAUCCAGAACUGAGUUAAGGUUGACUUUGUGAUGCAGACUCCAGAGCUAAAACAAUCUGUGCAGACGGAUAAGAAAUAUUUUGUCAAUCGGAGCUGGUUUCCACUCAAAUUAUUCAAAUUUACGAUUAAAGGGAGUCAAGUAACCGUCAUUAUACUGUACCGGCUAAAUCAGAUAACCGACAUCUUCACCUUCCUUCAUGUGUAUCUGCCCAUUAGAACAUCCUGUAAAAUAAACUAUAAUGUACAUUCCUCUGCACCUUCCAGACAGUAGGAGUCUGAGACGGAAACGCUACACUUAGAAUGUGAUGUAAAACUACUACACAGGGUUAACUUUGAAAUCACAUCUGCUGGAGAAUGUAUGUUUGGGAUAUUUUCGCUGUUAUGUGUUUUGUUUUUUGAGCCAAUGAUGUAAAAAAAGAAACAAAAAAAACAUAUAUUAUGUGAAUCCAUUUGUUUUUCCUCUCCUGCAGGGCUGGAUAGAGACUUAAGUCCAGGUUUUGACAGCCUGAACCGUAAAGCUAGACAGCGCAAAGAUACAAAACGAGAUGCUGAUGUGGAAAUAAAUGAGCCGCAUCUCAGUUCAGGGUAUUAAAGUCGCUUGUUUUAAAAGUUUACUCAGAAUCUCAGUUUACAAAAUGAUCCACAGUUCAACCAAAUUAGAGCUAAAUGCGGUUUAAAGUUUUGUAGCGUCUCCAAACAUACUCACCAAGAACUCCUGUAAUAAUGAUAAUUCUUUGCCUUGUUGAAUUGCACUAUAAUGGCCUUGUUCAGUAAAUGUAUUAUCAUAAAUAAAGGUUUCAGUGAUGGGAUACACUCA